GUUGUCCAGACGUAAAUAUGCGUGUCAAUGCAGGGGAAAAUGUUUUUAAUUCAAAUAGAAAUUGGCGGAGUGGUGAUAGAUGAGUGGUCGGUAGAUGUGCACAGUUCUGAGUGCACACGCGUUUUAUGUAAAAGUGGAUUAUUUCGGCACAAAUAGGCACCCAACUUUCAUGGCAGCUGCCCUGACAUGUAUUUGUAUUGUAUUGUGAAUACCUGAAAAGUGAAAAUCAUUACCUAGACCUACCCAAUACCCAUAUUCUGCUACAAAUCAGUAACUGUUAAUGUCAGUGAUAGAUGAAACCAAACCAGAAAUUGUCUCUUCUGAUAUGAAGGAGAGUGCUGAGGAAUCCUCUUCUGGUGGUCCCCUGCCAGCCCAAGGAAAUCUGAAAAACAGUGAUACUGCUGAGCCAUCUCAAAUGGACCCUGCCAAAGUGGCAUCGCCUCAAAAGGAGGCCACAGAGCCUAUGGAUGCAUCACAAAUGCCACAAAACGAAGCAUGUGAACAAGUUGCUGCAGAUAACACAGCAGGAGAGGAAAAGCCAUCAUCACAAACCACAUCAGAAGUGGAGCCAGUCCCACAGAAUGGAGCUGCUGAAUCGUCGAGCAAAGCAUCCAGCGCUGCUCAGUCUGCGGCCCCGGCGGCGGCCGACCCGGGCGACUGUUACCGCUAUGAGGGCGACACCUGCAUCUACACGGACCCCUCGUCGAGCGUCGAGUACGUGUACAGCGCGGACAAGGACGGCUGGGUGCGCCGGGACGGAGCCGACGGCGGCCGGCCGCUGGAGACCGCGCCCACUCUGGAGAACUGCUACUACGUGGGCGAGCACUACUGCUUCUGGGACGCGGCCGGCACCGUGUACCGGCUGGAGCCGACCUCCAACAGCUGGCAGCGCUGGGAUGACGCGCCCGCCGGCGCCGCCGCCGGCGCCACCGACAGCGCGCCGGCCGCCGGCGACCAGCGCUGCUUCCGCGGCGCCGACGGCGGCUGGUGCUGCCGGGACGACUCGGGCGCGCUCUGCCGCUGGGACGCCGCCGCCGGCCGCUGGGCGCGCGCCGACCCCGCCCCGGGCGGGGGGACCGAGCGGCGGUCCGGGCCCGGCGGCAGGAAGCGGCGGCUGAACCGCGGCUCCUCAGAUGACAGCGAGCACGACAGCGACGACGAUGACGAGCCAGCGCCCAAACGGCCCCCGGGCCAGGCCGGCCCAGAGCCGAGCGAGCAGGAGGGGCCCAGCGACGGCUCCGGCUACGAGUGGGACCCCGAGAGGGGCGCCUGGUUCCCGAAGAUUGACGAGGAAUUUCUCGCGCUUCACCGUCUCAAUUACGGUUUCGACUCGGAGGGUCGGGCGGUGGAGACGGCGCCUAUCCUGGACACGGGUCCGCCGCCGGCCGAGUCGGCCCCGGAGAAACAGGAGGCCGGCAAACAGCGCAAACUCAAUACCAAGAAAAAGCCCGAGUGGUUCCAGCUGGAUGACAGUAAGAACACCAAGGUGUAUGUGAGCGGCCUGCCCGAGGACGUGACAGAGGACGAGUUCGUCGAGCUAAUGUCCAAGUGCGGCCUGGUCAUGAAGGACCCGCUCAAGAAGAACGCCUGGAAGAUCAAGCUGUACCGGGACGACUACGGCGUGCCCAAGGGAGACGCCAUCUGCACCUACAUCAAGAUUGAGUCGGUAGACCUGGCGUUAAGUAUUUUAGAUGGCUAUGAGUUCAAGGGCAAGAAGCUCUCUGUUGAGAAGGCUUCGUUCGACUUGAAGGGCAAAUUUGACCCCAGUAAGAAGCCAAAGAAGCGGGCGUUGAAGAAGAAAGAUCGAGAGAAGCUGCAAAAGAAACAGGAAAAGCUGUUCGCGUGGCAGCCGGAUAAAAUCCGCGGCGAGCGCGAGAAACACGAGCGCGUGGUGAUUCUGAAGAACCUCUUCUCGCCGGAGGAGUUCAAGGCGCGCCCGGAGGCGCUGCUGGAGUACCAGCAGGACCUGCGCGAGGAGUGCGGCAAGUGCGGGCCCGUCCGCAAGGUGGUCGUCCAUGAUCGUCACCCGGACGGCGUGGCCGAGGUCAUAUUCCACGAGGCCGCCGACGCCGACACGUGCGUGCAGAAAAUGAGCGGCCGGUAUUUCGCCGGACGCCGACUCGAGGCGGCCACCUGGGACGGCAAGACCAAGUACCGGGUAGAGGAGACGGAGGAAGAGAGAGCGGAGCGGCUGGCCAAAUGGGAGCAGUUUAUCUCCGGGGAGGACAAAACGGACGACUCCAAACCCGCAGAGGACAAAACGGACGACUCCAAACCCGCAGAGGACAAAACGGACGACUCCAAAUCCGCAGAGGACAAAACGGACGACUCCAAACCCGCAGAGGACAAAACGGACGACUCCAAACCCGCAGAGGACAAAACGGACGACUCCGAAACAGCCGAGGAUAAACCCACCGAGGCGAAACCCGCGGAGGCGAAACCCACCGACGACAGGCCAGCCGAAGACAAACCUAAUGAAGACCGGCCCUCCGCUGAGAAGCCCUCUGAGGACACUCCCGCCUAGUGUGUCUCUCGCCGUGGGCUGUUACCGGUGGCUGUCCUACUAUGAGGGUCACUAGCCGCCUGCCGUAUGCCGGGUCUCUGUCCAGUACUGUGACCGUGCGCCGGGUCUAUCCGGCAACAGUCUGCUUCACACGCGACCCUCGGUCAGCAUAUGAUGUUGGUGGCAAGGCCGACGUCGCGCGUUAUAUGGUGUGAUUUCACAUGUCAUUGUGCCGAAAGUGAUAUUCACUGGCAUUGCAGUUAAUAUGCAAUACACGUGAUUGUUUUGUAA